UACUCGCUUCAAUGCGCGUUAGGAUUUAUUGUAAAGAAACGAAAUUUAUUAGUAAUUUAGUAAUUUAUUAGUAAGAAAAAAUGGUGACAACAUGUUUGCAUCCACAAUUCGUAGAUCUAAAUCUUUAAUGUCACGUACUUUAUGUGGAAGGUUUUUUCAUUCCUUGGUUAGAUACAAUAUUUCAGAUAUACAUUUUACACAAUUGAAUCGUUUUUUUUCAAAAUCUAUGAAAGUGGCUGUACUUGGAGCUGCUAGUAAAACGGGAAAUUGUCUUUCGUUAUUUCUAAAACAAUCACCUUUAAUAGACGAAUUGGUAAUUUACGAUAGCAAAUCUACUCAUGGUCUUUCAGUGGACUUGAGUAACAUCGACACGAAAUGUAAGGUUAACGCGUGUGAUUCCUCCGAGGAAAGUCUUAGAGAAACGCUCGUAGGUACGAAGAUAGUGAUGAUCGUCACGGAUCAAACGACAGGGGAUGAAAUCAAAUCGAAUGAAACAUUGAUGCAUAACGCUAAUAUCCUAUCAAACUUGCUACCAAAUGUUAUUAAAUUUUGUCCCCAGGCUAUGGUCGCGGUCGCAAUGAAUCCAAUAAACAGCUUAAUACCUUUGACGAUGGAAAUGUAUAAGAAAGCCGGGAUUUACAAUCCUCAUCGCAUUUUUGGUGUAAUUAGUCUGAACUGUGUUAGAGCAAAUACUUUUGCAGCGGAAGUAAUAGGUAUCGAACCGGAAUGCGUAAUGGUACCCGUGAUCGGCGGAGCUUGUUCGCACACAUGUGUACCACUUUUUUCUCAAGCACAGCCUUGUAACAAAAUAUCCGAGCAAGAAGCUAGGAAAUUAACAGAGGGGGUACGGACGACCGAUGGAAAGAUAUCGAGGAUGAGCAAAGACAAAGAAAGAACUUGUUUCGCUCUAGCUUUCGGAGCAGCCAGAUUUUGCAUAUCUCUUUGCAAAGCAUUACGACAUCAAAGCGGUGUCGUGGAAUGCGCUUACGUUCGAUCUUGUCUGAUACCAGAGUUAACAUAUUUCGCUGCCCCCUUGGAAUUAGGGCCAGAUGGAAUUCAGAGGCAUCUGGGCAUUCCACCUUUGAACGAUUACGAAUGUAAUCUUCUUAAAACAGCUAUGCCAUUCAUCAAAAAUGCUAUUACGCUUGGAGAGGCUCUUGCUCUUGGCGACGAGAAUAAUUUUUCCGAGGCACGUCUACAAGGUAGCAGUUCGGGCAACGAAGUGACUUCACCCCCUGUAUCACAAUCUUCGGCAUAAUUUUAUAACGUGUGAACGUACAGUUAAAAUUUGUUGUAUGCUCUUCUUGCACAUAUGUUAAUUUUGAAAAAAAGGAAAGCACGUAUGAACCCGCAAAGCAAAGAACCUAACCCGACCAGGUGGAGUUUCCACGAGGGAAAAAACGAUUUUGAUGACAUCGUUAUCGAAUCGUUUCACACUGAAUGUUCAGCUGCUACCUCUGGUUGGUAACGUUGGAAAAAUCGGCAACAAUAGCUCGUAAAGCAAGCGAGACCGUGAAGCAUCGUGUCGAAGCGAAACGCUGUACUCGAGAUCGAGCCACGAUAAACCUGUAAAAUAGUUAAUGGCGAUCGUAAUAGUGGCAGCGAUCCAUUCUAUAGAGCAUUGCUUUACGAGCAAGUUGGACGUCUGCAUGGGGAUUGGACGCAUUUAUUUUCGCGUAAAUCGACGAGUGAUCGGGCAGAAACGUUCGACCAAGUUUUCGAACGUGCCGCGAAAACAAAGCGAUAAAGAUAGCCUGUUACGGUUGAAGAUGUACCUACAAAUUGUUCUUCGUUUACGCGGCUGUCGAGUAGGCUAAAGACAUUUCAACUGAAAUGCUUUUCGACAUCGUUACCGAGGAAAAGGAAAAGUUUGUUGGAUUGUUGGUACCUGCGUGUAUUAAAGACAUAUAUCAAAAUUCUUGCCCCAUUAUAACGGUGAUGAUCCAGUUGGAAGAAAUCCACCGGUUUAGUCGCGUGGUUCCUGAGUUUACUGGUUUAUUAAACGCGUCUAGCAAGAGAGCAAGUUAACCAGAGUCGCCUAACCAGGGAAGCCUUUGAAUCUGAUAAGAACAAAUACAAUCUGGUCUAAAAGAUUGUAGAAGCGGACGCGGUUUUCGAAGAGCUACCGCAUCAACGAGUCUCAGGUUACCAGGUAGAUACGUGCAACAAAAGUACUAGAAACUCGUCCUUUCCGCAUUCCCGACACGCCAUGGUGUUCCCAAGUGUGCGCCGCGACUGCAGACAAGAUACGGACGACUGCAGCUGGCAACUCUUUGGCAGAAGGGAUUAUUGCAGAGUCCCGAAGAGGGAGGAAGGUGCGGGUGUUGCCUAUCGCAAAUCCUCUCUCUAAGCGAACCACUCUUAAACUCUCUACAUUCCAGCGCGAUUCAACCUCACAAGCCAUAACCGAACCGGUAUAAUAAUACGAGCUGUUGCAAACGUCACGUUCUUCCUCUCAUAACCGUUUUCUCUUAUGAGUUACUCACUCGCCACCGCUAUUUAACUAUUAAAUUUCUACAUGCUCGAGCACAAAUUCGUCGGUCUUACGUCUCAAUCGUCUCGCGAUCCUUUUCCACUCUCAACGGUUUACGAUUUUCCAUUAGAUUGUCGUCACGUUCCGAAGCAUCAACUGACGCUUUUAACGAGACAUCAUCGAUCGUAACUAAUGCACGAUUCGAAUAGUUUUCAUGCAACGAUCCAUCUUUUUACUGGUGAACACACCGGUCGGCCUUGAUAGACUAAACGACGAGGAUCGUUUCGAUGCUAACGAUCAAUUUCAGCGUAAUAUCGAGGUGCAUAAUAAGCUAAUGAGUAAUAAACUGGCCAACA